AACGAGAUUUAGGGUGUAUGUGAAAAAUAAAUGCAUUGUGAUUGAAGAUAUUAAUUUGGAUAUUUACUUCACCAAAGAUUUGUUUGAUGAUGUCAUUUCCAAAGCUAAAGAACAGAAUAUAAGUCUUCCUAGGUUUGUUGGUUUUAGAUAUCAUCCUCCAUGGAAAGAAAUUCAGAAAGAGGCACUAGCUUCUGAUAGAGAUUGGAUUAAGAUGGUUGAGAUUUGGGGGGGAGUUGCUUGUAAUUUCAUUCCCUUAUUUGUAGUUGAGUUACAAGAGCCUAGUGCAUUACAAAAAAUGGCAGAGGAACUUCAUGUUACUGCCCAAAAUUUUAAGGACCCAAGCAGUAGUGAUGCUGAGCUUUGGGCUGACAAUUUGCUUGUGACACCAACAAACUAUAGUCAGACUUUUGAAAGUGAAGAUAAUGGGGGUAAUAAAUCUAAAUUAAAUGUGAGAAGGCAAAUGAGUAGGACAUUUGAAGUGCUGGUCCAACCAUCUGUUUUAGACCUUGAGGUUCCAUCCAUUACUACUUCCUCUCCACACCUCUCACCCACAAGUACAGAACCUGAUAGAAUGACAAGAGAGGAAGUUGAGAAUGAUGGCAGUCCUAAAAAGAAGAAAAAGAAGCUUGUGGGGGGAGGCAGUAAAGUACUUGAGAGGACUGAGUUGAAUGUCAAACUUUUGGCUAAAGAAUUAAAAGGUUUAGAAGCUUAUGACAUUCCUGCCUUGAGCAACCCCCAAGUUCCUCCCCAUGUUCCUCCCCUUGAUCUUUUUUUUGAGGAGCCUGUGCUCCCUUCACAGGGGGUAAUUGAUGAUGAUAAAGCAUCAUCUGAAGAUGAAGAAGAUUGUGAUUUUACAGGGAGUGAGGAUGAGUGUUUGAGUAGUGAGGCAGUUUCCUUGGAUGAAGAGUCAGAAAUGGAGGAUGAGUUUGAUCUUGAUGCUGACACUGCCCAUAAAAUGAUGCUGGGUAAUGAGGAAGAAAAUGAAGAUGGGAGUGGCAGUCAGUCCAUUCUUGAGAAAAUGGCUAAGGUGUUUAGGACUGGAAGGCUCUGGGUGAGAAGUGCUCAUGGAAAAGUUGAACUAAAGAAAGGUGACAUAUUCAGUUGCAAAGAGGAUUUUCUUAGGGUCAUGAAGGACUAUGUUAUUCAAAAGGGAAUUUCUCUUAGGAAAAUAAAAAAUGACAAGAGAAGAUACACUCAAGUAUGUAUGAAUAAGGACUGUAAAUUUAAGAUUCAUGCAUCUGUUCUAGUGAUGAUUAAAAGCAUAUGUGAGGAUCAUAUUUGUUCAGUGAAAGAGCACCAUAACAGGGAUGGAGCAGCUUGGGUUGUAACUCACCUUCUAGAAAACUUCAGAAAUAAUAAGCAGAUGAGUGUAGUUACUGCUCAGAAAAUUAUUUUGAAGAAGUUCAGCACUCGCAUACCUGAUUAUACUUGCUGGAGGGCUCUUAGGGUCAUGAGGGGUAUGGUUGAAGGUAGGCAUGAAGAUGGAUACAAGAUGUUACCACAAUACAUGGAGGUUUUUAAAGAAAAGAAUCCAGAUUCCCAUUGCUUCAUUAGGUGGCAGGAGAUUGGUCCAGGGAGAAACCCAGUUUUUAAGAGGUGUCAAAUCUGUAUAGGUUCAUCCAUCACAGCUUUUAAGAAGUAUUGUAGACCCUUGAUUGGUAUUGAUGCAUGUCAUUUGAAGGGUCCAUAUGAGGGAGUGCUCUUGACUGCUAUGGCCUUAGAUGGAAACAAUGGUCAAUUUCCAUUGGCAUAUGGUGUUGCUGAUUGUGAAGAUGAAACAGAGUGGUCUUUCUUCUUACAUGGACUAGCUGUGGCACUUGGCUGCACAUCAGAUGCAUCCCCAUACACAAUAAUAUCUGACAGGCAUAAGGCAAUAAUAAAAGGACUGAGGAAUGCUCUUCCUAAAGCUAAAAGAAGGAUUUGUGUGCUACACUUUUAUAAGAACUUUGCUUCAAAGUUCUCAGGUGCAUGGUUCCAUUCAUUCUUCUACAUUGUGGCAAAUACUUUCUCAGAAUAUGUAUUUAAAAAAGCAAUGGAAAAAAUAAAAGAGGAGGAUGUUGCAGCCUAUGACUGGCUCAUGGACAAUGAACCACAUGAACAUUGGGCCAGACACAAAUUUGAUCCUGCAUUGAAGUGUGAUGACAACACAAACAACUUUGUGGAGUCAUUCAAUAAGGCCAUAAUAUCACACAGAGCCAAGCCAACCUUGCAAAUGCUAGAGGAGAUCAGGAAAUUAAUAGGGAAUAGAUUUGAAAAAAGGUUUGACUUAGGCAGGAGUUGGUCUUCUACAAUAACACCUUAUUUAGACAACAAGUUGAGGGUGCUAGCAAUGGAGUCUAGGGAAUGUUCUGAGGUUGUUGGAGCUGGUAGAGGUGAAUUUGAUGUGGUUGAUGGGAACACCAACUUCAUAGUGAGGCUGAGAGACCAUCAUUGUGACUGUAAUAAGUGGCAAGUGUCAGGCCUUCCUUGUAAGCAUGCAGUUAGAUGCAUUCUGAGGAUGAAUGAGAACCUUGAAAACUACUGUGAAGAUUGGUUUUCAGUUGAGAAGUACAGGAGGCUUUAUGAUGGUAUAAUACAUCCUAUCCCAGAUUCUUGUAUGUGGGGUGAGAGCUCACUUCCUAAACUUGAUCCUCCUAAGACCUUUAAAAAGAAGGGGCGGCCAAAGAAGCACAAAAGAAGAGAUGGAAUUGAUGAUAUAAUUGCAAAAAAGAAGAGGAUGCCUCAUGGGACCAAGCACUGCAGUCAAUGCAAGCAGUUGGGACACAAUCAUAGGACCUGUGGGCAAAUGAGAGAUGAAGGAGGGAGGUUGCAGAAGAAGAAACAAAACAAGAAGAAGAAAUCAACAACACAAGUGUAGUUUGGACAACAAAUGUAUUCUGUUUUCUCUUGUAACAUUGGUUGUGUUGGUUUCAAUCCUGCUGUUUUUUUUUGUCACUGCAGUACUAGCAACCUAUGGCACCUUGGUAACAUAUGUAAUAGUUUUUUGGCAGUAUGGUAUAAAACAAAACAUGGCAGUAAUUUUUUGACAGAUUGGCAGAUUGGUAUUUAGGGUGCUGCCAAUAAUGACCUGUGUUAGAU